CAGAGGCCGCCAUGCUGAGGCAAGCGCUGAGACAAGCAGCUCCGCGCUUCGGCGCGUCGCCGCUUGGCGCGCUGCGCAGUCUGCGCGUCUCUGCGCCGGCGCAACAGUCGGAGGUGACGCGCAGCACAACGCCGGGCGGCGGCUACGUCACCACGGUCGACCCGAGCAAGUUUGUCGACGGCGAGAGCCUCACCGCGCAUCAGGCGCGCGUGCGCCACGCCGACCCGGCGAACCGCACGUUCAACUAUGCGAUGAUCGGCGGCGCCAAGUUCAUCUCUGCCUCAGCCUGGCGCCUCUGCCUGAUCAAGUUCCUCGCCCAGAUGAACCCGGCGGCAGACGUGCUUGCGAUGGCGUCACUGGAGGUUGACAUCUCCAAGCUGAGUAUGGGCGAGUGCAUCACGGUGAAGUGGCGGGGCAAGCCAGUCUUCAUUCGGUCGCGCACCGAGGAUGAGAUCGCCGAGGCCGCGGACGUGAACCUCGCCGAACUGCGCGACCCGGAGAAUGACCUCGACCGCGUGCAAAAGCCAGAGACCCUGGUCGUGCUUGGCGUGUGCACGCACCUCGGCUGCGUCCCGAUCAACAAGGCGGGCGACUACAACGGGUGGUUCUGCCCGUGCCACGGCUCGCACUACGACACCUCUGGCCGGAUCCGCAAGGGGCCGGCGCCGCUCAACAUGGAGGUGCCUCCCUACUCCUUCAUCGAGGAGGAGAAGCUCCUGAUUGGCUGAGGGGACGCACGCGUGCCGCGCGCGAUCUAGCCCGCGUCCCUAGUGCUCGAGUCUGCCCCUCCGCAGCGGAGCGCUAUUGUCGUCGAUCCCGCCCGCGAGCGGGCACUGCCACUGGCGCAGCACUCCACCUUGCCAGAUCACAGAGGGCAGCGGUCACAUCGUGACACGCGUCUAAGUCCGUCUAUACUGUCUUGGCUCUUAGUUACAGGCAGUCGUGCCCUACUAGUCGCUAAACCUUUCUUGCAAUCUCAGCGGAGACUUCGACCACUCUCUCGCGAUUCCGCACUGCGGUCACUCUGUGCACAGCCACGCACAAAGCGCGCCGGCGCGCGGCGCGCCACGGGACGGCGCACGGGGGCGGACCAUGAACGUGCGCGCCGUUCCCGUUCCGCAUAGCGGAUAUCAUACCUCGUCAUGUCCAGUCUGCCCCUCAGCGUCGCGUCGAUUGCCCAUUUUUUCUGCGAGCGCGGCGAGCGCGGCGCAACUCGACGUGAAGAGGCCUCUCCUCUCCUCCUCGUUGCCCGGCUCAUCUUCGACGUUGUGGAAUGCCACGCCACGGGCCGCCGCGUCAAAGCUGAGGAAAGGGAUGCGGGUGCGUGACGACUCGUGCGAGUGUGUCGAUGUCAUGGGUUGCGACUCACCUCAAUAAGUGUGACUCGAAGGCUGUGCCGCUUGGUGGAUGACCGGCAUGGAGUGCGGCGGUGCCCUGCACAAGAGCAUCCACGAUCUGUGAGAACCCCUCCGCCUGUAGCCGCUGGACCUCGAGGAUCGCCAUGUCGCUGCUUACUGGGG